AUGACUGCCAGCACAAAUGGGGCAAAACUGCCGUCAGAGCUACCGAAUACUGCCAAGACGCAAUCACCAUCCUGUUUUCUCCAUUCUGUGAUCUUGAGAGCAUAUGUCGGAGAACAAGCUGCUUACAUAUACUCAUGUUUGCAUGCCCAACGAAAAAUGACACUCUCACAACUUUCUCAAAAAAGUGGGAUCAAGGGAUCGAAUCUAAGAAAAGUUCUCGUUACUUUAAUCCAGCUAGGAUGUGUUGUGUACAUGGGUGGAAAUGGUAAGAACAACACUUACUAUUGUUACAACGAGGAAGGUUGUUGGAAGCUAACAUAUAUUGAUGAAAUUGUACGACAUGUGCGUGAGAAGUUUGGACAGGUGCACGCAAGUGUUAUACAGAAUGUCAUAUUGAGAGGCCAUUUGACGAUUGGCGCAUACGUCAGCGACUUGGAGUUAAAGAGUGAAGUUGACAAGAUCGAGCAUGCCUUUGUCGAGUUGGUAGAGGACAAAUGGUUAGUACAUGUGAAGGAUAUGGAUUUCAAACCCUUGAGUGAGACUUUCGCUACUUGUGUGAGGGCUGCAACUCGAGAAUUUGCCAGUAACAGUGGUGUUCAAAAUCAUAUCAAAGACGUUUCAACUGAUGCAAAAGACCAGACAGGGCUUGCUGCACUUUUCAAUGACGAUGAUGAUGGCGAGGAUGAUGACGAAGGAGACAAUGCAAGCAAAGGGGGUAAGCUGUUGAGGAGGUUGAAUGGCAAUGUUCCUUUGACAGCUUCAUUUGAUAGAUUUUUGAAAUAUGAGAGGGACCUCCAACUAGUUUCCAUGUGCAGACAUCGGAUUGGUAGUAUCACGUCUAAGAUAUACAAUGUUGUGUUGAAGCGAGUCGAGAAGAGCUCGCGAGAGGUUCGAUGCAUUGAAGGGAUCGUGGACAGACUAGUUGCGGAUGCCAGUGUGGGCGCCGGCAGUGCUGGCACAUCGACUACAGGCUAUGAUCCUGCGACUGGGCGUGACUUGAUCAAGCGUCUCGAGCUCAAAGAUCAACAGAAGGGGAUGAAUUUCGGUGCUGCUGAUAUUUUGAAAGAACUUUCGCUGUCCAACAAGUACGGAAUCACGAAGGAGGAUCUCGUUGGGACGAUCUACAAUGAGGAUGAAGGAGGUGACGACAUGGUAUCGAGUAAGAAGAGAAAGCUUGAAGAGGAAGAGAAGACGGACGGGGCGUACAAGAAGACAAAACUAAGCAAGUUGGCAGCACACAUCAAGACGUUCGAUGACGACGAGGACGAGGACGAAGACGGCAACGCGGCAAAUGAGGUGGACAAUGGCUUCGACUUAGCAAACAAUUCCGAGAACGGGGAGAUCCUGACGCUGAUACUACAGCACUUGAAACUUCUCACCAUUGACAAAAAGCUCUCCUUUUUGAUCGAGACUACUCCCGGACAGUUCUAUGUUCCGUUCACGAUGCUGCAAGGCCAGCUUCCAGACUACCACAUGAAGCAGAUAGUGAGAACUAUUUUCGGAAACUCCUCGUUGAGGAUCUUGAACUGCAUAGAGGAGAAGAGGCUCAUCGAGGAGAAAAACAUUGCGAAAAGCGUCCUGAUGCGAGAGGGCGACGUGCGCAAAAUGAUCUCCGUGCUGAUCAAGUUCGGGCUGGUGGAAAUCCAGGAGAUCCCCAGAACCGCCGACCGCAGUGCCAUGAGGGGCAUCUUUGCCUUCAAGGUCAACAAGAACUACCAGCGGGGCAAAAGCAUGUUGGGGAAGUGCUUCAUGUUCAACAUGGGCGAGGUGCUGGAGCAAAUGGAACAGAUCAAGAUGGAGAACAAGAUCUUGUUGGACAAGAUAAGCAGAGAAGACGUCCGUGGCCAUGAGGUCGAGCUUCUUCUCGAGAGUGAGCUGGCCCAGCUGAAGGGCGUCGUUGAGAGUGAGAAAAGCGGGCUGGCGAAGUUUCUCCGUCUGCGUGCCAUGGGCGAGCUUUUCUGGUUCACCGAUACCGAGUGA